UAAUAAUAUAGAUCGGAGUUAUAACAAAUUAAAUGCCAUACACGUUGACACAGUCUAAAAUACUGUGAUUUAAGCCCGCCAUUUUUGAAUCACCCAAUUUCAAAAGCCCAUUAGAGACUAUCCAAAAGCCCACAAUAAACGAGUAAGAUAAUAAGUUAAUAACCUUUACAAGCCACACAUCCCGAGCCUCAGAAACUCGCCAUGGGAGGAGGAGGAGCACUCACCAACCACAUUUUCGUCUACGGAACACUCAAAAGAAACCACCCAAACCAUUUCCUCUUACAAGACCUCAUCUCAAAGAACGACGCCGUUUACGUCGGCCAACGCACGACCCGAUCAUCCUACCCGCUAGUCACGGGUCUCUACGGGAUCCCUUACCUGAUCAACCAACCCGGGUCGGGUCAACGGAUCCUUGGCGAGCUUUACUCGGUUUCGAAACGUGGGCUUGUGAGGCUUGACGAGUUGGAAGGGAUCAAAGUCGAGCACUACGAGAGGUUGCCGGUGGAAGUGGUUGAUGAGGAGUGUAACGGCGUCGUUUCGGUGGAGGCUUACUUUGCUCAUCGUAGUUUCGGUGAGAGAUUGUGGGUGAAGAAAGGAAAGGUUGGGAUGUGUGAGUUUGGUGUAAACGACGGCGUUUUGUAUGUUGGGCCUAAGGAUAGGCCCAGGUUUAGCUCUGUUAUUGAUGAGAUUGAAGCUUUUGUGUCUUCUACGUCUGAUUGAAUACUUGUUGAUUGCAAAUAUAACAAUGGGUAUAGCUCAAAAUUCGAUUUUUGCUGCUACUUUUUUUAAUAAUUAUGAUUACGUGAAACUCUGUUCUUGAUGAAACUGAAUCACUUGUAAGGUUAAUAAUGUAUGAAAGCUAAAUAUUUCUAU